AUGUCCGACCAGCCUUCAUCAUCAGCGGCCGUCGCCGCUCCAGCUACAUCCCAAGGCUUACAAGCACCUCCUACACCUCUUCCAGACGCGUCAGAACAAGCGACAACCACAGGUGGCCGCUCAUUACGAAAGCGCGCAGCGACUGGCACCUCUUUCGCUGAACCUCCAUCGCCUACCGAUGAAUAUCUCCCAGAUUAUCUCACUCCAUCGUCUACGGGCGGGAAUGGUGGAGGUGAGGGAGCCCCUGGCGACAGAACAACGCGCUCCGGGACGGCGUUUGCGAAUAGGCCCAAAUGGAUGCCCAAACUCAAGCUUAAAGUCAGCGAAGGGGCAGAUGGGAGACGUCAGAGCUUUUUGGGCCCGUAUGAUCGCGAUUUGGACUCGGAAGAUGAAGAGUUGGUGUUUGAAGAGCAGUUUAUUCUCAAGAUGCCGCCUGGAAAAGACUGUGAUAGGCUUCGAGAGAUUGCUAGCAAACGUGGCACUGCACCAGAUAUCUGGUUCAAGUUUAAAGAUCCUAGAAGAGCUGUAUUUCAUAUCGGAGACUCACUUCAUCCUGCUAAAUUGGUCGACAUGCCCAGUAUUGUCGAAUCAUCCAAGACGCUCGACAACAAGCACAUGUUCAAGGUCGCCGACAUCUGCCAGAUGCUCGUUGUAGAUGAGGCAACACUUCCCAACGAAGACGCGCUGCUCGCGCAGAAAAGGGCGUUCAACGCCAACGAAUUCGUUUGGCCGCACGGUAUGACACCUCCACUGCGCCACGUCCGCAAACGACGCUUCCGAAAGCGACUCAAUAGACAGGCAAUUGAGACUGUCGAAAACGAAGUCGCACGUCUGCUGGCUGAAGAAAAGAAUUGCUCGCGUGUCGAGGAACGUGUGAUUGAAGACGCUGCAGAGGACUUGUCCGACUCGGAGUACAUUGCCCAAGUCUUCCCUCCAGCGACACCCGACGAGAAUGCCUCUGAUGCGGGUGAUGUGAAAGAGGAAAACGAUGACGAGAUUUUCGCUGCAGCCAUAGCGGACGCACUCCGUGAAGCGUCAGAGGAAGAGGAAGAAGAGGAAGAAGAAGAAGAGGCGAGUGAAGGAGGAAGCGAUGGCGAAGGAAGUGGUAGCGGGAGUGGGAGUGGGAGUGACUCUGGAGAAGAUGAAGACGAUGAUGACGAAGAGUAUAGUGGCGCCAAAAAGCUCGUCGACGAUGAAAUUCGGCAGCUCGAGACGGCAAUUGCGAAAAAGAAUGAAGAUAUUGCCAAGGUUACCAAUGUGGCUCUCAAGACGCGCUUUAUCAAUGCUGUGGCCAAGAUGACGGCCGACCUCGAGGGAAAGCUAGCUUUGCGGGAGCAAAUUAUGGCCGAACACCGUGCUCAGCGGGAGCGCGACGCAAUGGAGGAAGGUGCAGACUCAUCAGACGAGGGCGAAGAGGGCGAAGAAUUCUAUGGCGAGCCAAUGGAUAUGGCUUAA